ACGUGGUUGACAUGUGACCAGCUAUACUGUUUUGAUUGAUACAAGAAGUGUCAUUUGAAAACUGUUUGUAAUUAUGCUUAUUAGUUGAUUAAAUUGUUAAGUGCAGUAGUAAUCGGAUACGUAAAUUUUGUAUACCGACUAAAUUAUCUCUGACUGAAAUGUGGCACUCAUAAUACAAGGAAAAUGUUAUGUUCACUCUGCUUGGGUAACAAGUUGGUAAAACAGCAGUAUGUGAACCAAAUUCUUCGGACAUUGUAUAUGUCAAAUCAGAAACAACAACAACAGCAACCUGAAAGGAGAAUUAAACCAUUCCCGGUUCUUGAUGGAAAUGUUGAUUCCACUGAUAAGAAUUUUUUGAAGAACCUUGAAGUAUCAAAGAGCUACGAGACUAGUUAUUGUGAGAUAGUAAGCAAGUCACAGCUUGGUGGAGGGGAGAAGGCAAUUGCUAGACAUGUGAAGCAGCAUAAGAAACUACUAGCAGAGGACAGGGUUAAACUCUUGCUUGAUGAUUAUACUGAGUUUCUAGAGUUGUCUCCUAUUGCUGGACAUGCUAUGGAGUAUGGAGAUGUUGCUAGAGCUGGUAUUCUUGGAGGUAUUGGUAAAAUUCAUGGGAAAUACUGUAUGAUUAUAGCAAAUGAUGGAACAGUUAAAGGUGGCACUGUAUAUCCAGUUACAUUAAAGAAACAGUUGAGACUUCAGGAGAUAGCUGAACAAAACAGGAUACCUUGUAUAUAUGCUGUAGAUUCAGGUGGUGCCUUCCUUCCACUACAGUCAGAAAUAUUUCUUCCUGGUGGACGGACAUUCUACAAUGAAGCUGUGAUGUCAUCUAUGGGAAUACCACAGAUAGCUAUAGUAGUAGGGAAUUGUACAGCAGGGGGAGCAUAUGUACCAACUAUGGCUGAGGAGGCUGUCAUUGUACACAGAAUAGGUACUAUAUUUCUAGGAGGUCCACCCCUUGUACAGGCAGCCACUGGCGAGAUUAUCUCAGCAGAGGAUCUAGGUGGAGCCACCAUGCAUUGCAGUGUUAGUGGCUGCACAGACUAUUAUGCUGCAGAUGAGUAUGAAGGGUUUCAAACUGGGCGUGACCUGGUAGAAACCCUUAAUCUACCCAGCCAUCCUGGUCCAACUAGAAACCCGGAAGAGCCUUUGUUUGAUCCAGAGCAAAUUCAAGGUCUUAUACCAGCUCAACAACAAGAAACCAUGGAUAUUAGAAAGGUCUUGUCAAGAAUUGUUGAUGGUAGCAGAUUUAGCGAGUUUAAAGUCCAGUAUGGUACAACAUUAGUUACAGGAUUUGCUCAUGUUCAAGGGUAUUUGGUGGGUAUAAUAGGGAACAAUGGUGAAAUAACAGAUACAGCUGCAGCUAAAGGAGCUCAUUUUGUCCAGAUGUGUUCAGAACGUAACAUUCCAAUUGUUUUUCUACAUAACACUGUCUCUCAAUCCACAGAUAACACAUUUGGUUUAACAGGUGGUAAUUUUGUUCGAGAUCAUGCUAAAAUGAUGGCAGCUGUAAGCUGUGCUAAAGUACCAAAGAUCUCUAUUGUGAUUGGUAAUAGUAUUGGACCUUCAAAUUUUCUGAUGUGUGGACGUUCAUGUAGCCCUAAUUUUAUGUUUUCAUGGCCAAAUGCUGCAAUAGGUAUGAUGAAAAGCUCCCAGAUUGUGCAAGCAAUAAUGCAGGAAAAGUUUGAUGGGAAAGAUGUUGACAAUACUGAGGAGAAAGCAGAAUUGGAGGAGAAGUUAACACAGAAAUAUUCGCUGGAAACAUCUGCCUUCUACAUCAGUUCUCGUGUGUUAGACGAUGGAAUUAUUCUUCCUCAGCAUACCAGACAAGUGAUAGGAAGAUGUCUUGACAUAACAGCAGCAUACCUUCCCCGACAACAGACUAACUAUCCUGUGAUACGAAUGUAAACUGUGAUAUAUAUAUUUCUGAUACUGUAAGAUAAUGACAUAGCAAAUGAUAUUAUUAGAUGUAAUUAUUAUAUUUUAAAGCAGCAUGCCUCCAGAUUAAUGCUAUUUUUUAAUAUGAAAAUGUAGUUUAAAGUAAAAUAAUGUGAAGUGAACAAAGAAAGUAAUUUCUAUGUUGCAAACAGCACUUAUAAUCUAUGUUUGUUACUAAAAAAUAGGUCAAAAUAGGCCUUACUAAGUUAGUCAGGCAGUAGAAAUAUUGUGAUAAAUACUGCAAAAUCCAAAAACAGUCAUUAAUCGCAUAUAACAUGUAAACUAUGGUUGAAUCUUGAAUGUUUUCUCUUUUCUCAAGUUUGAUUUUCUUAAAAUAUUUUUGGCUCAUCUGGAGGCGUGCAUGCAGGUUUAAGCAUAGGCAUUGGUUUAUCAUUUUUAAUGUCCAUUUUCUCAGUAACUAUCACAGGAUUCACUCCAAAACUUGCUAUACUUGUUCAUAAUGAAAAGGGUGAUGCUAUAUAAGACAGAUAAUCUUAAUUUCAUUUUUUUUAAACUUUAUUACCCUUUUUCAACUUAAUCUCAGAAACUAUCAAAAUUGUUCACUUCAAACUUAAAAUACUUAAUUACUUUCAAAUUUGGAAUGCAUUUCAAAAGGGAAAUUGAUCUUUAAAAUCCAUUAUUUUGCUCAGUCAUACCCCUUUUUCAACUUAGAAUAUUUCCUAGUGAAAGUGUUUGUUAUAACUAUGAUAGAUAUUCAAUUUAAACUUGUUUCCUAUCAAUUCUAAAGACAUGCUUGAUUUUUUUUUGUCUUUCAUUAGCAUAAAAUGUUUUCCAAAUUUUCUCAAAAACUGUAACAGAUAUUCACUUGAAACUUUUAUAACACAUGUUUACUACCAGCGUUGGAAGAAAGAUAGUCAUUAUUUUCCUUUUUUAACUUAUUUUCCUUUUUUUCAAAACCAUUGGUAAAUAUUCACCUAAAUCUUGAAAUACUUUUAAGUCUUUUUCACUAUUAAGUGCAGGUGAUUUUGACUUGUAGAGUGACUCCCCCUUUCUUACUGUGCUUGUAUCAUACAAAACAGCACUGAGAAAAGUUGAGCAUGCUGUUAGUGGACAGGUCUUGUCUAUGUAUAUUUUAGCAACACAAAUGACAUAUGAGUAAAUGGAAAUAUUCUUGUUUUGGUUUUAACAAUUGUCAUUAAAGCAGUGUUACAGGAACAAUAUGUUCUUGUCUAUGCCAUGUCAAGUAAUGAAUGCAACAAAUCAAGUUUGAUAUAUCAUAGGAUAUAUACAAGAAAUUAAACUUGUUUGGAUCGCUUUAUGGUUGCUUUUAUUUGAAUUAUUAAUUUUGAUUUUUGUUACUGACUGAUAAAUCUUUGAGUAAUGAUAUGAGUUUUAAAUUUUCUGGCUGCAUAUGUUGGUUUAUUUCCCACUAUGCAUACUGAUGGCAAUUUUAGAACGUGUAAUCAUAGAAGAUAUGUUUUAAGGGUAAAAAGCAUAUUUAUUCUUGGAAAUUACAAAGAUGAGGAUUUUUCUAUAGACUAUAAAAAAUAUUUAGAAGUUGUCUGAUUAAAUUGAAAAGACAUAGAAAAGAGUAUAAUUGAAAUACAUGUAUAUUGACCUUCAUAUGUGAAUUUUACUAAUCAUGUAGUACACAGUGUAACAUAGUUCAACAUGACAUGAUUUAAUAAGAUUGAAUGUAUACCUCUGUUGAUGUUUUAUUUUGGUCUUAUGAUCAUGUAUAAUAUAAUGUGAAAUUUAACAUUUAAAAAUCUUGAAAUUUGUUAACCUAUUUAUUUACAGAUGUAUCCUUACACUGCCAGAUUCUAUUUCGUACCUUUGUAGUUUUAACUUUUUAUAUCAAGUUUAAUAUCAAAUCUAUUACUAUGUAUACAAAUUUUGCUGUGUAAAGGCUAUGACUGUUUAAAUCAAAUUAUGAAAUGGUUGAUUAAAUCAUUAAUAUUGUGAGAAAGUAUUUAUAUGUUUUACAAUGAUGUUACAUUCUGUAAUGAAUUAUACUCAUGUUAAUUGAGUUUUUUAUCAACCUUAUAUUGACAAUACUGUCCAUUUAAACUUAUAAUUACUAGUAUCAUAUUAACAUUUUCUAUCCAAUCACAAUCAAUGUAAGUCAUUUAUCAUUUCAUAUCUAAUUUAGAAUAAAACUAUAUUUAUUUA